UAAUUGAAUAAAAAAAAAAAAAAGAAAAACAACAACAACAAGACCAAAAACUAGGAAGAAAGGAAAUUAAGUCCAAAUUUACAUUGCAUCGUGUGUAACCGCCAGCCGCAGCAGCAGCAGCAGCAGCAGCAGCAGUAAUAGCAGCAGCAGCAGCAACAGCAGCGACCGCACGAUAAGGAGCUGUUGAAUAAUGUUAGACAUUAAGAAAACCAGAGGAUUCCAUAAGAUUCCAGCGUCCAAACUGCAGCGCGAGGCAAACACUGCGGCAUCAGCAGCAGCUGCAACGGCAACUGACGAACACCAGCAGCACCACCACCACCAUCACCACCACCACCAGCAGCAGCAGCAGCAGCAGAAGUCCCAACAAAGAGGCAACAGUAGCAACAGUCAUAGCCAUAGUCAUAGCCAGCAGCAAUUAGCCCAGGCCCAUCAGAGUCAGAGUCAGCACCAGGGUACGUCACGGCACGCCAAGUCAUUGAAAACUAGUGCUAACAGCGGGCCUGGAGUCGGCGUCACUGUCCAGAAACCGGUGACUUCACUCAAAUACGCCGCCAGCAACGGGCCAAACGGCAGCAGUGGGCGGGCGGCGGCGGCGGCGGCGGUUGGCAACGUGAAUCCGGUGCGGGCGGCUAAUCAGCGCUAUUUUUUGGUAUCCAGCUACAAAGAUCCCAGCUUCUUGAAGGCCGAGUGCGAUUUGGCGCAUGCCCAGGUAACGCUGAAGCAGGCGCCAGCUGGUGGCAAGACGCACAAGCGUAACAAGGCGCUCGACGAUCACAAGAAUAAUAACAGCAGCAACAAAUCAGCAACAGCCGUGAUAGCUAACGGCACUGGCAACGGGACUUCAGUUAGUGAGAUGCGUCGAACGACGACGCUUAAUGGCAAUAAAGCGGGCGGCACCAGCAGCAACAGCACCAACAACACCAACAGUGGCGCCAACUCGUCGAACAGAGCAACUACAACAACAACAACGACGACGACGACGACAGCAUCAACAGGAGCUGGCAACUCAGCCGUCCACAGGAUUGAUAUCAAGUAUAGCCAUAGCCAGAGCCAGAGCCAGAGCCAUAGCCAUAGCAGCAAACAGCAGCUGACAUUGGGCCAAAAGACAACUGUUGCAGGAGGAACAACGGCAACAUCCUCAUCCGCUGGAAUUGGAGCAGGACGACUUGUGGCUGGUAAACUGAAGCCUCUAUUGCUGCACUGCAACAACAAUCACAGUGCGAUGAACAGUCAUAGCAGCUAUAAUAAUAAUAACAACAACAACAGCAGCGCCACCAACAAUAGCAACAGCAACAACAAUAUGCAACGCCAGCAGCAGCAGCAGCAGCAACAACAUGACGACAUUAGCUAUAUUGAUAGCGACGAUAUACCGACCAGCACAGCAGCAGCAGGAGCAGCAGCGGCGACAGCGGCAACAACAACCACUGGAUCAUCAGCAGCAAUAAUAACAACAACAACCGCAUCGGGCGCCAUAUCAUCUAGCCAAAAGAUGACAAACAUUUGCUACUUCAAGCCCAUAACGCCGCCACUGCAGCUGCGCAACCAGCAGCUGGGCGGAGAUAAAUCCAAUGGUGGUCAGCGCUCGAUCCGGCCCAAGUCGACGAUAGUCUCGUUCACCAAUUCGAACUUUGCGGCCAGCUACGAGAAGUUUAACAACUACAAGCACACAAAUGGCGAACAGCGGCCCAAGGAGCGGGAGCGUGAACGGGAUCGUGUGGAGCGGGACAAUAGCGCCGGCAGCAGCAGCAAUGCGCGACGCUAUGGCAUCGAUUCGGUCAGCAUUAAGGCGUCCAUUGAGAAGUUUAACAAUCUGAGCGAACAGAAGCGACAACCGGGACCGUUGCGCAGUAAUGCAACAACAUCUGCGUCUGGCUCGACAGCAGCAGCAGCGGCAGCGGCAGCAGUUGCAACAGCAGCGGCAGCAGCAGCAGCUGCGGAAGGCACCUCAAACAAUGCUGGCGGCAGCAGCAGCAAUCUGCAGCAGCGCUUCAGCGGCGAUAUGGAACAUACACGCAUUGCGGCUGGCUAUAGCAGCUCCUUGACGCGUGCCGCUUAUCGCACCGGCAGCAGCAACAGCAAUACAGCAACGGCAACAGCAGCGACAGCAGCGGCAACGGCAGCAUCAUCAUCAGCUGUGGCGCCCAUGAGCAAGUCGGCCAGCCGGAUUGCCCACGGCCUGUUGGCGAAGGCGGCCAACUCGGAAAAUGCUGGCACAGCGAUGGCAACAACAGCAGCAGCAGCAGCAGCCGCGGCAAUGACGCCAACAACAACGGCCAAUGCAGCGGCCAACAACAGCCACAAGGUAAAUGUGCACCUUCAUCACAACAACGACACAGCGGGAGCAGCAGCAGCGGCAGCAGCUGCUGCUAACUCGACCAGCGCCUACACUUACUCUGCCGCCGCCGCAGUCAGCAGCGUCGCAGCCAACGACAGCGGAUCGCGCAAUGUCGCAAGCAGCGUUCGCUCAGUGCUGCCGCCAGUGUCGCCAACGUCGAGCCGUUACUGGGACCGGGAUCGGGACAGCGGACGGAACAGUACCAACGCCACAACCUCUUCCAUUGGCUCAUCGUCGCUGAGCACGAAGCAUAAUAGCCUGGACGAGGGCUACAAAAGCAGCCGAGACGAAAAGUUCGAAGGUCUAUGCGGUCUGAGAAAUAUUGGAAACACUUGCUUCAUGAACUCGGUCAUCCAAUGCCUGAGUCACACGACUGAGCUGACGCGCUUCUUGCGCGCCCAUCACACCAACACGCGCACGGCAACCUCCAAGGAUCAGCAAAUACUAUACGAAUUUGCCAAACUCAUACAGGAAAUGUGGACGUCAAAUGUGCAUAGUGUAACGCCGAUGGAACUGAAGCGUGCCUUUUCGACAAAGCAUCGCAUGUAUAGCGAUUACAAUCAGCAGGAUGCGCAGGAGUUUCUGCGCUUCUUUCUUGACUCGCUGCACUCGGCACUGAACACCGGUGUCAAAGGUGAAACGCUUAACAUUGACGAUAAUCUCAGUGACAAUAAGAAGGCCGAUCUGACUUGGGAGUGGUAUGCUAGGCAUGAGAAUUCCCUGAUACGAGAUUUGUUUGUUGGUCAAUUGAAGAGCACACUGAAGUGUACAACGUGUGGCAAUACGAGCGUUACCUUUGACCCAUUCUGGGAUCUGAGUGUGCCACUACCAUCGUCAUCGCGCUGCAAAUUAGAGGCCUGCUUAGAUCUGUUCAUUAGAGAAGAGGUGCUAGAUGGCGACGAGAUGCCCACGUGCUCCAAAUGCAAGACACGCCGAAAAUGUACCAAAAGCUUUACCAUACAGCGUUUCCCCAAAUACCUGGUGAUACAUCUAAAACGUUUCUCAGAAACACGCUGGAGCAAGCUCUCGAAUAUUGUUGAGUUCCCUACGGCGGAUCGGGAGCUGAAUAUGGCCUCAUAUGGGGCAAACGCAAAUUCGAAUGUGCAUUAUUCGCUCUAUGCGAUCUCCAAUCAUAUGGGCUCAACGGCUGGCGGUCACUACGUGGCCAUCUGUAAGCAUCCAGUCUCCCGCAAGUGGCAUGAGUUCAAUGAUAAUAGCGUUAGCGAUGCUAUCCCCGAGAACUGUCUCGUUUCAUCCAGUGCCUAUAUCCUAUUCUACGAACGAGCGUAAAGCUAACUCUAACUAACUACUCGUCCACAACAUCCUGGCAGUUGAAUUCAGAAACUAUGUUGCGACAGCUACAAUACCAACAGCAAUAACAACACCAUCAACUGCUACAAAGAAAAUAGGAAAAAAAAAGAGUAAAACAACAAAACGACUAAAAACAAAAAAAGAGAAAAGAAUGUGCAAUAAGAACAGCAAGUCAAACCCCUAGUAAAUGUUUCGUAGAAUUUUGCAAAUUGUGCAAACGUGCGUAAAUUUAAAUUUAAAUUUAACUAUAAACUAAUUCUUAACUCAAGUCCAAUUCCAAAUAACAACAAUGUCGGAAUUGGAUGGCAAAGCAUGUAUAUGGCGAUCAUUGGAGGCGAAUGAUGUAAAUAAGAGAUGGAUAACACCCAAAACAGACACCAAAUAAGAACGUAAAACACAUCAAGAAGAAACGUAAAAUGAAAUAAUGAACGAACAAAAUACAAGAAUCAGACAAUUUAUGUAACACAGCUUUCGGCAAGCCAGAAAAACAAAACAGCAGCAAUCGGUCAACAAUAGAAAAAAAGCAAAAGCUCUUAACUAA